UCCCUCCUAACCUAUGGUAAAUCACCUGCUGUAAACCACCUGCGGUAAACCACCUCCGCCUAAAUCUCCAUAUCACCCUGCACACUCUUGCCGAAUUGCACAUCGCUUGACCAACGAGAGACAUCUAUUUAAUACCCGAGCGGCGACUGUAACGAAGAUUCUUUGUUUCCUGUACCCUUACAACACCACAACGGCUCUCCAACCAGGCACCAGUCCGGUCCUUCUGGAUAUUAUCGUCCACGGGAUCGCAUUGCUUGAUUAUCCCAAACCUAUUUCUGGGACAUUGGUCUAUCCCGCUUAAGACCAUUCCCCAGAGUUUGACGGUCAAAUCCUAGACUAGCAUGGCAACUGCCGCACCCGCAACUCGGCCCCAUGACCGAAACAGCCGCCGCCGCCCCUUCGCAUGGAUGAAGCGACUGGCGAACCUGAAGACAUCUGGGUCGCCCGUUUCGACGGACAAGAAAAGCCAGCUACAUACAGGCUCGCCGUCGAAGAAGCACGCGACGCUGAAAAACAACCCAUACCCCGAGUCCGGGCACCUCCAUCGACCAUCAGGACUAGGCAGUCCGAACGGCCGGUCGUUCUCUACUCGUCGGUCACAGCAGAAUGGCAGCUAUACCUCGUUCGAGAACGCGGAACACCAUCAUACGAUGCAGAAGAGCAACAAAUCGACCGCUCCAACGGUCGCCACGAACCCAGGGACAAUCCAUUCCGACGCCGGGCAGUCGAAAGCCGGAACCAGCGCAACCGGUGCCGGGGGGAUCAGUUCCCUCCGGGCGGACAGCACCUUCUCGUCUCCAAACCACUCAGAUCAAUCCCUAACCACCACCCUCACCACCAUCCAAUCUACAACACCCUCCGGCUUCCUCGCCGCCCCGACGAACGCAAACCCCCACCCGGGGACCGGCCCCAACUUCUCCCACCAAUACCCCGUCUCCCCCGUCGCCUCCGCCAUCCCCUCCCACCUCACCAUGCCCCACCCCCACACCUACAACGCCGCCACCGCCAACAACGUCCUCUCCGACAACGCCUCCAUCAUCACCCUCGCCUCCUCCUCCAAGGCCCGCCGCCGCCGCAACUCCCUUGACACCGACGCCAGCGUCCGUGCCCUCUUCGGCGCCUCCCGCGAAAGCCUCCCGCUCUCCUUCUUCUCCACCACCGCGGUCGACCCCUCCAUCUCCGGCGCGCCGCCCGGGUCGGCCGGGCUGGGCGCCGCCAUCGGGACGAGCCGUCCGAGCAUCGCGAGUGCGGAGCGCGCGAGCGUGUAUAGUGCGAAUGGCGCGCUCUCGGGGCCCGCGGGCGUCAUUGGGAGUGAGCGGAAUAGCAUCCAUACACCGAAGAACGUGACAGAUGGGGGGAGUAUUCGGAGUGCGGGGCUCGGAGGGCACGGGAGGGCGGAGAGUCUGAGCGGGAGCAUCACGGGGAUUAUGGGGGGGUUGGGGAAUCCGGUGACGAGCGCGAAGGAGAAUAAGGAUGAGAUUGUGGAGGACGGGGAGGUGGAGUCGGAGAAGGGGGAGGAGGCGGAGAAGGGGCAGGAGUCGGGGCGAUGAGGAAUGAAGUGUACGAUUUCGGAUGGGUAACUCACGUGGGGCGGGAUGGGCUGGUCUGCUUAUGCUGGUGUUCAUUUGACCGUAAUGAUAACUCGCUCAUCCGUAUUUGGGACGGUCCAUGGCGUUUCAUUGCAUUUGGCUGGGAGGAUGGCUGGGAUGAUUCAAGCAUGACUCGGAAGGUCAUCGGGACGGAUGGGUUCAAACCUGCUAUACGUAGGUAAGAAGCUUAGGAAAUUAGGCUUCAUGUUACAGAAUUAUCAAAUUCAAAAACGCU